AUUGAUUUCCUGCAAUUCUCAUCUCCAUUGAUCCGUGGAUUGAUUAAUUUCCGGCUUAAUUAUUCUCUCUCCUCACGCCUGCAAUGGAUCAGAAAUUGCUCCUCAUCCGCACUAUCCUCGGCAUUAUUGGAAACGUCACCUCCGGCGCUCUGUUCAUCUCACCAGCACCAACUGUUUAUAGAAUCAUCAAGAACAAAUCGGUGGAGGGAUUCCAUCCAUGGCCGUACCAUGCAGCGCUGAUGAACUGCUUCAUGUGGGUGUUCUAUGCCAUGCCAUUCGUCCAUCCACACAGCGUUCUCGUCAUGACCAUUAACAGUCUGGGUAUUUGCUUGGAGCUGUCCUAUCUGGUCGUGUUUUUCUACUACAAUAAUGGAAAAACCCGGGGGAAAAUGGCGGGUUUGCUCGUAGUAGAACUUAUUGCUCUUGCUGGGAUAGUUGCUGGCACCCUCAUUGGCGCCCACACCAUCGAGAAGAGAACCAAAAUUGUGGGUUCACUGUGUGUUGUCUUCGGCAUCAUUUUGUAUGGCUCGCCUCUCUCCAUCAUGAGGACAGUGAUCAAGACCAAGAGCGCCGAGUACUUGCCGGGUUGGCUCAUCGCUUCUGGCUUUAGUAAUGGAAUCAUCUGGGCAGCCUAUGCUUGCAUUAGAUUUGACAUCUUCAUCUUCGUGAGCAAUGGUGUUGGGGCAUUAUUGUCUUUAGUCCAGAUUAUCCUCAAGGUCAUUUACCGCAACGGUCCAAAGCCAUCAGAUACCAAGCCGUCAUCUGAGCUGGAGAUCCAGAGUGUGGUUUAAUUAUAUUUGAUCUGAGGAUGCAGUUUUAGAGCGGAGCGGCGCAGUGGGAUUUAGGUCGUCUUUAGAUGUUUAGUUUUGACAUUAUUUCAGGGUUUUUAGUUUGUAGAUAAACCACGUACCUCCUCAGCUC